AUGGCACCACGGAUCCGGCUGCCGGGCAUCCCCUACCUGAUCGGCCGCACCAACCAGGCGCUGCGCGACCACUACCGUCGUCAGAUGGCGGCUGCCUACGAGGGGGACCGCGCGCUGUACAAAGCCAUGGUCACCGAUCAGUCGCUGCCAUUCGGCGUGCGCCAGCAGAUCCAGCGGCUCUUUGAGACAGAGGUGCCGCGGGACAGCGCGCAGACGCGGCUGCGCAACCGUUGCGCGCUGACGGGGCGACCGCGGGGGGUUUUCUCAUACUUCCGGAUGUCGCGGCAUAUGUUCCGCCAGCUCGCCAGCGAGGGCAUGCUGCCUGGCAUCAACAAGUCCUCUUGGUGA